UGGAUUUGAGGAACCUUCUUCAACCAAAGAGCAAAAGCGCUUUUCUCAAGUGUUUCUGAGAAAUGCGUCUGAAGUAGGAUGGUACUGUGGUGGGCGUGUGGUUUCACAGCUUCUGAACGGACAGAGAGCCCCGGACUUCCUGUUCACAGCAACCUUCUGGCUUUUUUUCCCUCAGAGAACUCGCUGACAACAAGCAGCCCCUCCAUCUUAUCUGCAGUCGCUCCGUAACAUGAAAGGAGCGUGUCUCAUUGCUGUCUUUUUGAUCGUCAACCUCACAGGCGCUGAGGCUGCUGACAACAUGAGCGUCUGUUAUAUUUUGGACGGGAUCCUCAUCUUGUAUGGUAUCGUUCUCACGGUUCUGUACUGCAGACUGAAGAUGCGUCCAGCCAACAAACCCUCAGAGAAGCAGCCUGCCGGCGGAGGCAUCUACGCAGGCCUGAGCGCUCGCACCGCUGACACCUAUGAGACCAUCAACGUGAAUAAGAAGCACCCUGUCGUCUGACAGGAGCAGAGGCGACAACGUGCACGACGACAUGCAGCAUCUCGCAAUGUAGUAAUGCAUUGUUAUGCAUUUUUAAAUGACGCAUUUUUAUAUAUACUACACCAUGAUUUAUGUUUUAAUGUUUAACAUUUAUCAAAUCGCCUGUCACAAAGUCUUUAAGCUCCAUGUGACGUCAUGCUUCGGCUGAAGAUGUAAAUAGAGUCAGAUUUUAUUGAUGUACAGCAGAUUUAAAAUAUCAUUGUCUUUUAUUUUUUCCUAUUAAGCAAACUCAACAUUUUAUUAUCCCAGUUUAAAUAUAUUCAACAAAAAGACUGUUUUUUGUUGUGUUUGUUGGUCACAGGAAUAAUAACGUGGUCCUGUAACAUCAAACAUGUUUUCAUAUAAGCUUAUUUUAGAUUUUGUGUUCAGAAUGUGUUUGAAGGAAGUUACCAGUAGGAGGAUAAUAAGUGUAACACUCUCUCAAUCAACACCAAGGGGAAAUUUGCCAAAAGCAGAUUCACACUUUUUAGCUCUACACGAGAAACACAAAGGCCUCAAUUUCACACCUGAACCUGAAAAGCCUGUUAAUGUUUCAUCAACAUGCUUAUAUAUAAUGUAUUACAUGAAAGCUUGGAAUGCAUGUGUUUUCUAUUAAAAUGACAUUAGAAAUACA